GACAGUCUUUUUUUCGAAUUUUGAUUUACUUCUUAUCAAAAAUUAUAUUAUUUUUUUUUAUUAGGAAACUGUUCAAUUUGGGAUCUGUCCGAUCCUUCCCACUUGUCUGCUGCCUACCUGUUCCUCCCCCUCAAGUCCGGGUACUGGGCCAGUCCAUCUGAUUGGCCCACGGGUGACUCUUCAGGCACGACAGUGCAUGCCACUCACUCGAUCACAGACCAAGGUCAUGGACCGGAAGCCGGGAGAAUCCCUCCUGGCCUAUGAGGAACGCCUGGCGGCAUUCAUCCAGGAGGCCAACAAUAGGGCCGCCUCCGCGGCCAAGGAACGUAGUCAGAAUGAGCAAGAAGAGGAGGCUAAGCGACGGAAGGAGGAACAGGACCGACUUCGUCAAGAGGAGGCAGACCUGCAGGCGGCAGAUGAACACCGGUCACGCCAGCGGGAACGACUGUUCACGCGGGAGACCGUGAUCGGCGAUGAGACCUCACAUUGGGUGGAAAUGGCAUCUGCAGACGGGGCCCCGGAGACUGACAAAGGGCUGUCCGCCGUUGCGCAGAUCUCCCACGACCUCGUGGCCACCUGCGCUCUGCAGCAGGAGGAAAUCCUUCACCUGCAGCAGACAGUGGACCAGAUGCUUACACGGCUGCAGGCGUUGGAGAAACAGCCAGCUGYUGUAGCAGCCGCAGGGCCUUCCAACCUUACCACCCACGUUCAAGUUUUGGAGAAUGACGUCAGCAACAUUAAGCAUGUCCAUCAGGAUUUCCGGACGUCGCAGCAAGCAACAAAAAACUUGCAGUUGGAGACRCAGGUCCAGGCUGCUGCCACCGUGACGCCCGCGGCCACAUCCUCCCAACSCCCACCCAAACUGGAUGACAUUCCAAUUUUCUGCGAUCAAUCCAAAAYGGAACCGAUCCCGUGGUGGCKCCRGUUUACUCUCAGGCUCGACAUGCACCAUGUCCCGAACAACGAUCGACAUCCGUGCUUGUACCACCGAUCUGGUGGUGCAUGUCAAGCAUGGCUGGACAACAUCUUGACCAGCCACGGCGUAGCAGUGUCGGAACUGCACACCAAGCUCACUUGGCAGGAGUUGACUGACGCCUGGCACAAGCCAUUCCAAGUGGAGCCGCUCRACCUGCAAGCUAUGGACAAGCUCAACAAGCUCCAUGAAAACACGCUGCUCAGUCAGGACUGGAUUACCGAGUUCCAAAGACUCGCCUCCACUCCUGACCUGCCGCUCGCAUUCCGCGGCGUCAAGCACUUGUUUAUCAUGCGCUCGUGUCCAGCCCUGCAAAACGGGCCGACGCAGAUUGCAGAGACACUCGACACAUCUGACAAACUUUUCAGCACAGCGUCGCGGAUCAUUCUCACGAAUGUAGAAGCCCGCAACGCCGGCCAAUCUUCCACGACGACGAGCAGCACCCAGCCCAAGCCAAAGGUGGCUUGCAUUGCGCCGACUUCGCCGACUUGUUAUGCCGAGGCUGCAACACCAAACGAGGGUGAAGUGUUGGCAGCUGCYCGGGAUGGUGGCCGGCCGCGCAACAACCACGGCCGCGACAAGACGAAGACUCGGUCCACCUCUUCACCGGGCACCGGAUCAGCAGCCGACGAACCUUGGACACAAUACGGACUCUCGGCGAAUUGCUAUCGCACGAGACUCAAGUACCGUUAUUGCCUUUGGUGCAACAGCACCAUCCACGAUGCUGCACAUUGCCCCGCCAAGGGGAAACCCCGUUCGGAAAAGCAGGCGCCGCCGAGGGUGACUCGACACCUCCCUCGACGCCAUCGGAAGCGGUUGCGCGCACGAUAGCCCUUUCUUCCAAGGCAUAUGCGGAUGUCGG